AUGGGCGCCCGCCAGGACGACGGCGCGGGCAGCCUGUGCCAGGAGGCGCUGCGCAUCGUGUCGGAGCUGUGCCUCGCGGGCCGCGUGGACCCGGAGCGCUGCGCGGGCCUCUUCCCGCCCGGCCGCGGCCGCCGGGGCGGGGGCAGCACAGACAUUUCCGUCAGCCUGCUGGCUGUCGUGGUCAGCUUCUGCGGCCUGGCCCUGCUGGUGGUCUCCGUGUUCGUCUUCUGGAAGCUGUGCUGGCCCAGCUGGAGGACUAAGCCCGCAGUCCCCGGCGCAGCCGCGCUGCCCCAGAGCGUGUCUAGCUCCGCAUCCGCUGAGCCGUGCGAAGCCGAGGAGAAAAAGGAGGCGGCAGAGGACGGAAAGCCCGCGCUGAGAGCCACCGAGCCCGCGAUAAAGAUCAGCCACACCUCCCCCGACAUCCCCGCGGCCGUGCAGACCGCCCUGAGGGAGCACCUGGCCAAGAAUGCACGCGUGCAGAGGCAGACCACCGACCCCACGCCGUCCUCCCGCCACAACUCCUUCAGGCGGCACCUGCCGCGGCAGAUGCAGGUGUCCAGCGUAGACUUCGAGCCGGGCGCCGAGCCCGCGCUGCAGCGGGGGGAGACCACCACCAGCAUCGGGCGGAUCAAGCCCGAGCUCUACAAGCAGAGGUCGGUGGACUCCGAGGGCGGCGGGCACGCGGACGCCCCGACCUGCGGGAAGCUGAACUUCGCGCUGCGCUACGACUACGAGGGCCAGCUGCUGGUGGUCAGGAUGAUCCAGGCCCUGGACCUGCCGGCCAAGGACUUCAGCGGCACCUCCGACCCCUACGUGAAGAUGUACCUGCUCCCCGACCGGAAGCGCAAGUUCCAGACCCGCGUGCACAGGAAGACGCUGAACCCCCUCUUCGACGAGACCUUCCAGUUCCCCGUCCCCUACGGCGAGCUGGGCGCCCGCAAGCUGCACUUCAGCGUGUACGACUUCGACAGGUUCUCCCGGCACGACAUGAUUGGGGAGGUGAUCCUGGACAACCUGUUCGAGGCCUCCGACCUGUCCCGGGAAGCGUCCGUGUGGAGGGAGAUUCUCUGCGCCACCACGGAGAGCGUGGACCUGGGGGAGAUCAUGUUCUCCCUCUGCUACCUGCCCACGGCCGGCCGCAUGACACUGACGGUCAUCAAGUGCAGGAACCUGAAGGCCAUGGACAUCACGGGCUCCUCAGACCCCUACGUCAAGGUGUCCCUGAUGUGCGAGGGCCGCCGGCUGAAGAAGAGGAAGACCACGACCAAGAGGAACACGCUGAAUCCCGUGUACAACGAGGCCGUCGUCUUCGACAUCCCCCCCGAGAACGUGGACCAGGUCAGCCUGUCCAUCGCCGUCAUGGACUACGACAGGGUCGGGCACAACGAGGUCAUCGGCGUGUGCAGGACGGGCCUGGACGCCGAGGGCCUGGGGCGCGACCACUGGAACGAGAUGCUGGCUUACCACCGCAAGCCCAUCACCCACUGGCACCCGCUGCUGGAGCUUCCUGGCCGGGCCACCAGCUUUGACAGUCAAGGAUCCUGCCCGUCCCCCAAACCACCUUCCACCCCGUAGGACUCCAGAACAGGAGCGCCCGAGGGGACGAGGGGCACCGUGGGCCAGUGGCCUUUUGAGU